AAAAUGGGAAAAUUGCCCAGAUACAGAAGAUAAAUUAAGCGGGUCAUCAAAUAAGUUCAGACUACAAAGUAAUAUGGUUGUAAAGUUAGUGAUAAUGUAAUUUCACAGCAUUACAUGCCAGUAGAAUGAUCCGUGGCUACGGUGACCGAGGGCGACUACCGUUAGUAGCGUUAGUAACCGGCAGUAACGAACGGUAACGAAGCAUAGUAAAGUUCUGUGAACGGUGUGAUAUUGUGAUGGGCGUGAUAGGUUAGAACGGUUAGAACGGGUUAGAAUGCCAAUUUGUGUGUCGUUGGUGAACGUUGGUGAAUGUUCGGUUAUAAUACAAAGUGGUUUCGUUAAGUGUAUUUUCUAUGCGGCUGCUGUUACUUGUUUAGAGGGAAUUACAUUUUUAUUUUUAGGUAUUACAUUGACACGUGAGGCUUUUAAUAUUACCAGUAAUUGUUUACUAAUGAAAUUCAUACGCAUAGUUUCUAUAAUUUGUUACGAACAUGUGGAAUAUGCCAGGAAAUUUAGUACUAACUGUGAAUAAUGGCUUUAAGGUGCUAGAAAUGUACAUGUGGCUAUUGGAUUCAUAUGUUUUGGACUAUUUCACUGAUUGUCAUUGGAAUAAGCUUCCACACAGCUGGAGGACAGCAUUGGACAAUGUCGAUCCUCAAGAACUUGGGAAGUUUUUAACCCAUAAUAACACUUUUAGAAGUCAUCAGAGGGUGUGGCCCUUGUCAUUACUGGCUCUGCAAGUAGCUUCACUGCAUUUGUCUGUACCACGUGAACAGACACACUUUAAAGAUCUUCUGAAUGCAAAGGGACAGUGGAGUGGUGAAACAGACAGCAGAAGUAAUGCAUUAAAGCAACCAAGUUCAAUUGCUCAUUAUUUGAGCAGUAACAGGAAGUCUUCACAGGUAGAAUGGCAGAAUGCAGAGAGGAUGCCAUGUCUUAAACAUCCCAAGCUACAUUAUGUGUUCACAAAACAUGUGAAACCCAAAAAGCAACAUGAAAUAUCAAGAAUGGCUCAGAUGACUGCAAAUGUAGCACAGACAGAGAGCUGCCAGUACAUUGUGGAUGUUGGUUCAGGGUUGGGUCACUUAGCAAGACUACUUGCCUAUGGUUAUGGUUUGAAAGUCUGUUGUUUGGAGGCACAAGAAAAUCUCUCAUGUGAAGCAUGGAAGUUAGAUAUGGAAUUAGAGACUUCUGUGUCCAAGAUUUUGAAGGACUCCCAAAAUGCCAAAUUCCAUCGACCAGUGCAUUUAAAUAUAACAGUUGAUACUCAUUUGACUGCUGGCAACUUUACACAGGCAGUGAAAAAAGCAUUAGGAAUUUCUGAAGAAAGUUUUGAUUUUGGUAUAGUUGGACUUCAUUCAUGUGGUGAUUUAACACCAAUAUUAAUGCACCUCUUUGUACAGUGUCCAGGUGCAAAAUUUAUUAAUAUUGUGGGAUGCUGUUACAUGAAGCUUACAACAGGAAUUGUUUCAGGAUCUGGUGGUUAUCCAGUGAGUGAAUUUUUUUCUGCAAGAUCACAUUCACUGAGUUAUGAGGCUCUAGAGAUUGCAUGCCAUGCAAUUGAUACCUACCGUGAACGUUUAUGUUUGGGGCAGUAUGAAGAAUUGAAGGUACAUUGCUAUCGUGCUGUUUUGGAAAAGAUUCUGGUCAAAUAUUGGCCACAUUUGAGGCACACUGCAAUCAGGAGUAUAAAGCAUAGUAACAACAUGACAUUUACAGAGUACGUCACAUUGGCCUUCAUAAAACUGGGGUUGAAAGUGCCACUAGAAGAUCUUGAAUCUGAAGAGACACUAUUGAAUUUAUCACAGUGGAAACAGGUGGUGGUUUUCUACACCCUGCGCCUCUUAUUAGCCCCUCUAGUGGAAACCAUCGUGUUACUUGAUCGAUUACUCUAUCUACAGGAACUUGCAAGAAAGACAACAUUCAAAAGCUGCCUUGGCUUUAGUCUUCAGACAGUAAGGACAUAAUCUGAUGGGUGCAUUGGAAUGAGCAAGUCCAUCACUGGAUCUAAUGAAGCAGAAUCAGGUUCCAGAACAUUGUGUGUUCAGUAUAAAACUGGGACAAGUUAAAAUAUGGGUGCCAGCCUUAUAGUAUAUUGAGAUUUGAAAUUUUGUUCCAGGUAAAAUAAAGAUAAAUAUAAGAUGAUAGUAUAGUUUCUUCACACUUUAUUCAUUUUCAGUUACAAUAAUUUCAAUUUUUUUCCUUCCAUUACAGGAAUAUGCAGUGAUCUGAUCCCACUGUUUGAUCCCAGUUUAUCCCCAAGAAACAAUAUCCUGAUUGCUUGGAAGUGAUAUUGACAAGUAGGCUGUACUAUAUGUUAUGUCACAUGAAUACAAUGACAUUGAAAUAUCUUGUGUAAUUUUUAGUGGCUAAAAUUGUUUGAUAAAUACAGUUUCAUGGGUGUUAAGUGGGUCUCUACUGUUGCUGCAUGACACAUCCUUUGGCUGUAGCUGGAGGAGGGCAGGUCCUACCCAUUAAUGUGUAUUAACAAAGUCACAGUUGCAAAGGGAUGAUUCUUGUAUGGGGGAUGAUCAUGGAGUUAACACCACUCACCUAGCAAAACUAGGCUGUGUGAAUCUGCCAGUUAUGUCCCAGACCUUGAGACAUUCUGUAGCAAAGCUUACACAACAUGAGAGGAUGCUGAAAAGUAAUGCCUCCUCAAUUGCUGCACACUCUCAGUUCCAUAUUGACAUCUCCAUACACUGUGCCAAUUUCACAGUGGUAAUUCAGAGGCCUCCAGCGGCAGAUAUAUGAAACUCCACACAGAAGUGUGGGAAAGCUGAAUCAAAUUCAGAGACCUCUAGUGGCAAGUGUGACAUAGGCGCAGAGUGGUGCAACAUAGGAAUAAAAAUGCAUAACACCUUACCCUCCAAAUUAAAGAAAUUUUAAGGUUUUUAAAAUUAAAUUAAAAAGUUAUUUAUUACAAAACUGUUUUUAUUCUCUACACGAGUUAUUUUAGUAACUAUGAUAGACGAUAGUUUGGUAAUUCGAGUUAGUUUCGAUAUGAUAUGGAAGUAUAUAGAUGGUCUUUGGACUGUUAUCUUCACUAAAUGGUGUUUUGUUUUACAUGGCAGACUUGUGUUUUCGUGGUGUAAGUAUAAGGGGCAGUCAAAUGAAAACGGGUCACCACGCAUAACUCACACAGCGCACAAGUUGGUAACACUGGAAUUUGCUUAUGGUACGAACAUCUGGUGGGGACUUGGGAAAGCACAGUGGCAACAUGCCCUUGCACUCGAGUUGUUUAUUGUGCUGGAAGUAAGGUUAGUGCUACAUGUGGUCAUCUAACAUCAGUAAUGGAGGCAGGUAAAGA